UACCCAACACUCAACACACAAUAAUAAUAACAAUAAAGUGAAGUGAAAUAGAGCCGUUCUCUCCUUUUUCUCUCUCUGUCUCUCUCACUGACACACACUCCCUGCUCUCUCCUGGGGCUCUAGUCACUUCUUCCUUCUCUUUCUGAUAAUGUAAAACAACCCAAAAGCUAGACAAAGAUUGGCUCUAAAAAUCUCUUACACACAAAUUCAAAAGUCUCAAAAAAAAAAAAAAAUGGCGCUCUGUAGCUUUUUAUCCGUGUUAUUAAUCCACAUUACCUUGUUUGUGAGCUUGUGUUAUGCUGCGGAUCCAUUUGUGAACUAUGAGUUUGAGGUCUCUUACAUCACUGCCUCUCCUCUGGGUGUACCCCAACAGGUUAUAGCUAUUAAUGGCAAGUUUCCGGGUCCUACUAUUAAUUCGACUACUAACAACAAUGUCGUCGUCAAUGUUCGAAACAAAUUGGACGAGAAUCUCCUCAUUCAUUGGUCCGGGAUUCAACAGCGGCGUAGUUCAUGGCAAGAUGGAGUAUUGGGCACGAAUUGUCCUAUUCCUCCAAAGUGGAACUGGACUUACCAAUUUCAGGUUAAGGAUCAGAUUGGGAGCUUCUUCUAUUUUCCAUCUCUCAAUUUCCAGAGAGCAUCAGGAGGGUAUGGCGGUUUUAUUGUCAAUAACCGGGAAAUAAUUCCAAUUCCUUUUGGAACCCCAGAUGGGGAUAUAACCAUUAUGAUUGGUGAUUGGUACACCCGGAACCAUACGGCUUUGAGGAAGGCUCUUGAUGCAGGGAAAGAUCUUGGAAUGCCAGAUGGAGUUCUUAUUAAUGGGAAAGGCCCUUACAGAUAUAACGAUACGCUUGUCCCAGAUGGCAUUGAAUAUGAAACAAUUGAAGUCCACCCAGGGAGAACUUAUCGCAUUCGUGUACACAAUGUUGGAGUGUCAACUAGUCUCAAUUUCAGGAUCCAGAGCCAUAAUCUACUUCUAGCAGAGACAGAGGGAUCAUAUACUGUGCAACAGAAUUACACUAGCUUAGAUAUACAUGUUGGACAAUCUUAUUCUUUUUUGUUAACGACGGAUCAGAAUGCAAGUACUGAUUACUACAUUGUCGCAAGCGCUAGGUUUGUGAAUGAAUCACUAUGGAAAAGAGUUACUGGUGUUGCCAUCUUGCGUUAUACAAAUUCCAAGGGAAAGGCAAAAGGUCCCCUUCCAGACUCACCAAAUGAUGAAUUUGACAAGACUUUCUCAAUGAACCAAGCAAGAUCCAUAAGAUGGAAUGUAUCUGCUAGUGGUGCUCGCCCUAAUCCGCAGGGUUCUUUUAGAUAUGGCACAAUCAAUGUGACUGAAAUUUAUGUGUUAAAAAACAAGCCACCUGUGACAAUUAAUGGGAAACGGCGGACAACACUUAGUGGAAUCUCGUUUGUCAAUCCUUCAACACCAAUCAGGCUUGCUGACCAGUACAAGGUGAAGGGAGUAUACAAGCUUGAUUUCCCCACUAGGCCACUUACAGGAGCACCUCGGAUGGAAACAUCUGUUAUUAAUGGAACAUUUAGAGGAUUUAUGGAAGUCAUACUACAGAAUAAUGACACGAAGGUGCAGAGCUAUCACAUGAGCGGAUAUGCAUUUUUUGUUGUGGGGAUGGAUUAUGGUGAAUGGACAGAGAAUAGCAGGGGCACAUAUAACAAGUGGGAUGGAAUAGCCCGCUCCACAACACAGGUUUAUCCUGGAGCAUGGACAGCAAUUUUGAUAUCUCUCGACAAUGUUGGAGUCUGGAACCUGAGAACAGAAAACCUUGACUCGUGGUAUCUUGGCCAAGAAACAUAUGUUAGGGUUGUGAAUCCGGAGGCUACUAACAAAACUGAGUUGCCCAUGCCAGACAAUGCUCUCUAUUGCGGUGCCCUUAGCAAAUUGCAGAAGCCAGAAGAUAUCUCUUCGGCAACUUCAAUCAUGGGUAGAUCAAGGCUGUUCUUCACCUUGUUGAUGAUUGUCUGUGCUUUAAUUCCCAUUUUCCGCUAGGUGUUUUCAUUUAGGAUGCCCCUUCUAUGUUGAUUUCUCUUAGUGAGGUUUGUGGUUGAGUGCUUAGGUCUGUAAGAUUAGUCUUGUUGAUAUGAAUCUUCAGUGAUUUUGACUUGCAUUUUUCUUUCACAAUGUUCUAAAUGUUCCCCGGCUUCCCUGUUUAAUUGAUUGGGACUUGUCAUUCUUUAAUACAUAUAAUUUAUGUACUGAUUGGAAUUCAUCAAUUUUCAAUACAAUGUAACUCCCCCAGCUAAGCUUAAGUUUGAUC